GGUCGGUUGUCACGUGAUCAGACUGUGAUCGGCUUGUUUUCGGAUCAGCGGCUGAAAACCGAGCGAACCGGAGGAAAACACGCGUUUCACUUCAUCUCGGGGGGAAACGUUCAUCAACAGCUGCUCCGGCAGAGGGACAUGUUUCAGUAGGACCUUUAUUCUGACACAUCACAAUAAUGUCGGGGAACAGCCUGGUUCUACCCAUAGUGCUCUGGGGCCGCACGGCGCCCACCCACUGCAUCAGCAGCCUGCUGGUGAUGGACGACUUCAGCACCAUCAUCACCGGCUGCCAUGAUGGACAGAUCUGCCUGUGGGACAUGACACCUGAGCUGGAGAUUUGUCCCAGAGCCAUGUUGUUUGGACACACGGCUUCUAUCACCUGUCUCGCUAAAGCCAGCACCUGCAGUGACAAGCAGUAUAUUGUCAGUGCAUCAGAGAGUGGGGAGAUGUGUUUAUGGGACGUGAACGAUGGACGCUGUAUUGAGUUCACCAAGCUGGCCUGCGCUCACACUGGAAUACAAUUCUAUCAGUUCACCAUCAACACUCAAAGGGAGGGACGUCUGCUUUGCAACGGCCAUUACCCAGAGAUCCUUGUGGUGGACGCCACCAGCCUGGAGGUCCUGUACUCGCUGGUGUCUAAGAUCUCUCCUGAUUGGAUCAGCUCCAUGAGCAUCAUCCGAUCUCACCGCACACAAGAGGACACAGUGGUGGCGGUGUCAGUCACUGGGAUUCUGAAGGUCUGGAUCAUCACAGCUGAGGUCAGCAGGAUGCAGGACCUGGACCCAGUGUUUGAAGAAGAAUCUAAACCCAUCUACUGUCAGGGCUGUCAGAGCAUCUCCUUCUGCACCUUCACACAGAGCAGCCUGCUGGUCGUCUGCUCCAAGUACUGGAGGGUGUUUGAUGCAGGUGACUACUCGCUGCUCUGCUCGGUGCCCAGUGACACUGACCAGGCCUGGACCGGAGGAGAAUUCAUCGCUGCAGACAAAGUCAUCAUCUGGACCGAAGACGGCUGCAGCUACAUCUACAAGCUGCCCCCCAGUUGUCUGCCUGCGAGCGAACACUUCCGCAGUGAUGUUGGUAAAACUAAAGAAGGCUCCAUCCCUCCUCUGGUAUACAGCAUCGCCAGCCGCUCAGACAAACAGCUUUUAAUCUGUCCUCCCGUGACUCGGUUCUUCUUCGGCCGGCGGGAGCCCUUCCACAAGCUGCUGAUCCAGGGGGACUCGGCCGGCAGGCUGUCCAUGUGGAGCAUCCCGGAGACCUCGCCCCUGCAGCCGCUGUCCACCGCCGCUGAGCUGCAGGUGUCGUCCAGCGUCAGUCUCCAGGAGGCGUUUGAUAAGUUGACCCCUGUGUCUGCCGGGAUCAUCGACCAGCUCAGUGUCCUGCCCGGCAAAGAAGAACCCAUCAAGGUGACGGCGAGCGUGUACAUCCCGUCUCAGGGCCGGAUGGUCUGUGGCAGAGAAGACGGCAGCAUCAUCCUGGUUCCUGCCACUCAGACCGCCAUCGUUCAGCUGCUGCAGGGGGAGCACAUGCUCCGCAGAGGCUGGCCCCCCCAUCGCACCCUGCGAGGUCACCGGAACAAGGUGACCUGCGUCCUGUAUCCGUACCAGAUCUCCCCCCGCUAUGACCAGCGCUCCCUGGUCUCCGGAGGCGUGGACUUCUCCGUCAUCGUCUGGGACAUUUUCACCGGGGAGAUGAAACACAUCUUCUGUGUCCACGGGGGGGAAAUCACACAGCUCAUCAUCCCUCCUGAAAACUGCAGCACCCGCGUGCAGCACUGCGUCUGCUCCGUGGCCAGCGACCACUCCGUCGGCCUGCUGAGCCUCCGGGAGAGGAAGUGCAUCAUGCUGGCGUCGCGACACCUCUUCCCCAUACAGGUCAUCAAGUGGCGCCCGGCAGACGACUACCUGGUGGUGGGCUGCUCCGACGGCUCCGUCUACGUCUGGCAGAUGGACACAGGAGCCUUGGACCGGUGUGUGAUGGGGAUCACGGCGGUGGAGAUCCUGAACGCCUGUGACGAGCUGGCGCCGGCCACCGUGGACGCUCUGAGCCACUCGGCGGUGAACCUGAAGCAGGCGAUGACUCGCCGCAGCCUGGCCGCGCUGAAGAACAUGGCCACGCACAAGCUGCAGACGCUCGCCACCAACCUGCUGGCUGCCGACAACGCCGACAAGGGCAACCUGCCUAAAUACUCCCAUAAUGCCCUGGUGGUCCAGGCGAUGAAGACCAACCUGACGGACCCUGACAUGCACGUGCUGUUCUUCGACGUGGAGGCGGUGAUCAUCCAGCUGCUGACGGAGGAAGCCCAGAGACCGAGCCCCACGCUGGUGUCUCCGGAGACGCUGCUGAAGAGCCAGGCCGGGGCCGACAAAGGGGGGUCCUUCCUCGCCAACAAGAUCUUCAAACAGGUGAAAGAGACGAUGAAGGAGACCAUAAAGGAGCACCUGCUGGACGAAGACGAGGAGGAGGAGGAGGAGAUGAGGCGGCGCGAGGAGAAGUCCAAGUCCCUGAGUCUGCUGGAGUACAACCUGACCAUGGACACGGCCAAGCUCUUCAUGUCCUGCCUUCACGCCUGGGGCCUGAACGAGCAUCUGGACGGCAUCUGUCUGGAGCGGCUGGGCAUGCUCCGCCCGCACUGCCCCAUCUCCUUCGGCCUGAUCUCCAGAGGAGGUCACAUGUCCCUCAUGCUGCCCACCUUCAAGGAGUCUUUGCUGUAUCAGUUGUCUCUGGCCACGGGACGGACGCUGACUCUGUCCGACAUCGUGGGGAAGGGGACGUACGGCGUCUCCAGGGCCGUCACCACACAGCACCUCCUGUCCAUCAUCUCUCUGGCCAACACUCUGAUGAGCAUGACCAACGCCACCUUCGUCGGGGAGCACAUGAAGAAAGCACCGGCCAGGCCUCCUCGACCAGGAGGAACCCCGGAGUCUCCUCGCAGGACGCCGGCCGUCCCCCCCCAGCCCUCCUGCCCGGCGCUACAGGCCCAGAUCAAACAAGCUGCUGUAGCUGCCGCAGCCAACACUGCUAGGGCUCCGGGGGCCCCUGGGGCCUCUCCUCAUGGGGCCCCUGGCUGCCCCAGGCCCGGCCCUGACUCUCAUAACAUCCCCUCAGUCAACGAAGGGUGGAGUCAGCUGGCAGCCAUGCACUGUGUGAUGCUCCCUGACCUCCUCGGCCUGGACAAGUUCAGACCUCCUCUGCUGGAGAUGCUGGCGAGGAGAUGGCAGGACCGUUGUCUGGAGGUACGAGAGGCAGCACAAGCUCUCCUAUUGGCUGAGUUGAGGAGGAUCGGCCAAUCAGGACGCAAGGACACCAUCGACCUGUGGGCGCCGUACCUCCCUCAGUACGUGGACACCGUCAGCUCCCCUGGAUCGACCACGGAGCCCUCUUCUCCGGCCCCGCCCCCUCCUGAACCUCAGCCAGUAGAAACCAUGGCUCCUGAGGAGCAAAUGGACGUCACUGAUGAUGACAUCACAGCAGGUUGUCUCUCCAACCUUCCACCAAAUGCCAAGAAGAUCUCCAACUCGUAUGAGGAGCGCCGUAAGCAGGCCACCGCCAUCGUGCUGCUCGGGGUCAUCGGGGCCGAGUUUGGCGCCGAGAUCGAGCCGCCCAAGGGCGCGGUGCGGGCUCGGCCCGGCGGACAGGCGCCCGAGGGCUUCGGCCUGACGAGCGGGGGGUCGUCCAACUACUCGCUGGCCAGACACACUUGUAAGGCUCUGACCUUCCUGCUGCUGCAGCCCCCCAGCCCCAAGCUGCCCCCCCACAGCACCAUCCGCCGCACCGCCAUCGACCUGAUUGGCCGAGGCUUCACCGUGUGGGAGCCGUACAUGGACGUGUCCGCCGUGCUCAUGGGACUUCUGGAGCUCUGUGCCGACGCAGAGAAGCAGCUGGCCAACAUCACGAUGGGUUUGCCUCUCAACCCGCCGGCGGAUUCCGCUCGCUCUUCUCGCCACGCCCUCUCUCUCAUCGCCACUGCCCGGCCGCCCGCCUUCAUCACCACUAUUGCACGAGAGGUCCAUCGGUACAACGCAGCCCAGGCCAACUCCCAGUCGCAGCAGAACGUUCACACCACCACUCUGACCCGAGCCAAGACCGAGAUCCUGCGAGUCAUCGACAUCCUGAUCGAGAAGAUGCCGGGAGACGUGGUGGAUCUGCUGGUCGAGGUGAUGGACAUCAUCAUGUACUGUAUCGAAGGUUCUCUGGUGAAGAAGAAAGGUCUGCAGGAGUGUUUCCCUGCGAUAUGCAGGUUCUACAUGGUCGGUUACUGUGACCGCAGCCACCGCAUCGCUGUCGGAGCUCGACAGGGCUCGGUGGCGCUCUACGAUGUCCGGACGGGAAAAUGUCAGAACAUCCACGGUCAUAAGGGUCCGAUCACAUCCGUGUCCUUCGCCCCUGACGGACGCUACCUAGCAACCUACUCUAACACCGACAGCCACAUCUCCUUCUGGCAGAUGAACACCAGUCUGCUGGGGAGCAUCGGGAUGCUGAACUCGGCCCCUCAGCUCCGCUGCAUUAAGACCUACCAGGUUCCUCCGGUGCAGCCGGCGUCCCCGGGCUCCCAGAACCACCUGAAGCUCGCCCGCCUCAUCUGGACCUCCAACCGCAACGUGAUCCUGAUGGCCCACGACGGGAAGGAGCACCGCUUCAUGGUCUGAGCCCCGGCCUCGGGUUCGACUCCUUUUACCUUCGUUUUCUUUUCUGAGGCAGAAACAGAAAAGAUUCUCUCGUGGUGAAUUUCAUUUUAGCCCCAAAAUGUUGAGAGUGUAAAAUGAAGCUGAGGAAGUUUCCACAUCUUCAUCCAAAGUUCGAAGCAGCUUCAGGACUUGAUGAAUUCUUCUUCCUGUGAACUCUCUCUCACGUAUUUAAAGUUCCUGACUGAAGCCACGUUUACAUUUUAAACUGCAUUGAUGUGUUUGGAGUCGUUUGCAUCAUCUCGUCAUUCCUGGUCCUUCACAAAGAUCUGGUCAUCGAUGAUGUUAACAUGUGACUGAGAGGAGUCGAUCAGAGAGUGAGGCUUGAUUUGUUUGUGUUCCUCAGUCUCACUGUUUUCAUUCUGUUUCUGUUCGACCACAUUUUGGUACUAACUCUUCUCCUCACUUCAUUCCUCGUGAUGUAAAACGUUCCUGAAGCUUUUUAAAUUUGAAGGAAAACAGCAGCUGAUUUUUUUAUUUGCCUCAUUUUAUCCCUGGCUUCAGUUUUCUUCUGACCUUGAAGAGGCCACCUCCAGAUAUGAUAGUGUACAUAUACAUUAUAUAUAUAUAUAUAUCAUCAGAGCUGCUGUGUAAUGUAGGCUGGUGUUAAUCUUGUACAGUGAGCGUGAAUCCCGUUGUGUGUAUUUAUUGUGGCUAACGUGACGUCCGCCUGGCGCUGAACUCAGAUGACUUCUCAUCUCAGUCCAUCUGAAACGUUUCCAGUUGUUUUAACUUGUAAAAUAAGAUUUAACUUAUCCAUUAACGUCUUCUCACGAUAUCAAGAAUUCCUCAAAAGAUAGACAAGCAGGAGAAAAUUCAGUAAUUAAAGAAAACCAACUCUUCUCUGAUUAACAGCCGUGGGUUCAACCGGGCUUGAUGCAUCUCUUUAGCUUGGCGCUAACACGCUCAUUACUUCUUAUGAGGAAUGCUAACCGCUACAGCAGCGUCUGUAAAACCAGGGCGUUGUGUUAACGGGACACAUUUCUAUUUUAACGUCUGAUUGUGUAACUGUUGUAAAUGUCACAGAGGAGCUUCUUGCUGUAAAACAUUUUAUCCCUCAGAGUUUAAUGCAGAGAUAAAGGAGAAUAUCAAAGGAUAUGAAUAAAGUUAUUUACUGUGUGUUGGACGCACUUCACCUCCACUCGUCCUCCGUCCUGUUGCUCCUGUCGGUUUCACUAGAGCCGUCAGAAAGCUUCUCACACGUCACACACCUGGAAACUGCAGCGUGUCAAAGCUUUUCACAACUUCCUCCUCUCCUCAGACACACUCACACACACACACACACACACACACACACAUACACACACACACACACGUCAAGUCCUUCUUGAGAUCUUGAUUCCACGUUUUCUCCACCGCUCUUAACAGUUUGGGGAGAAAUCUGUUUUUGGCAGCAUCUCGGGGGGGUAAAGGUGAGAAGAGUAGAGCAGGCCGAGGAAGAGCUGGAGAGUAAAUAACAAGUGAUGAAGAUCGGCUCAUCCAGCCAGAAGAAGAAGGUUCUCACAGAUAAUUUCUAUGGUUUCCUUCCUCUCUCCUCUCGUUUUAUUGUGAAGCAGCUUCUUUUCCUCACGUGUGAAAAUCAAAUCGUUUCCUUGAGUUUCCGACUCGUUCAUUUAAAACACCUUCUGUUCAUUUCUCAAUUUCACACUAAAUGUUUCAGAAUUGUUCUAAUUUUUUUUUUGAUGUGAUUCAAUAUUUAUUGUUCCGGAGUAAAAGUAGUGUAGAUAUUUGUGUGCGUGUCUGUGUGCGUGAGUGUGUGUUGCAUGUAUACAGGCUCUCCUCAGUGUAACAGUGCAGGUUGAAUCUAUUGUGCAUUAUAUUAACAACAUGUGUUGCUGUUGUUGACUUUGUGUCUAUUAAAGAUGAAAACGUG